ACUACGCAUGUUCAGAUCAAUUCCUUAUCGAACAACAAGUGUACCGAACAAGUGACUUUUUGAUUUGCCGUGAACAAGUUUGCUACUCAGUACUGUCAUCUGGCAGAUACAGAGCAAAUAACAGGAGUUAUGGACAAACUUUGAGCUUCGUAUACAUAGCGCACCGAUCAAUGUUGUAGCCCUACCACCCUGCUUUCUACACACACUAUGUCUUCCAUGGAGCUGUACCAGGUGGGCGGGACCGAGAAGAUCCGGAAUUUGGAGGAGGGACUUGCCAAGGAGCUGACGGACCUCCAGAAUGACAUCGAGGAGAAUGAGAUGAUUGGGGGCUCACACAAGACUGCCAGCUCCGGCUCCUUGCCAAAGGGAACUGACCAUUUUCGAAAGCAGAGAGAGUUGGUUAUCAAGAGAGCAAUGGAGGUGAGCGAGGCCCUCCCUUUGGUCAUCCAGGCUGCCGUGAUGAAGGAAGAGAUGGAGAUCAGUCUACAGAAGGAAUACACUGAAGACAGUCUACCACUCAUCUUACACCAGCAUUUCUGUGAUCGUAUCCAGCAGUUAGUCCAGUGCAAACACAUGCACGUGCUGCGCUGGAAGAGAUUCUGUGAGCACACCAGUGCAUUGGAGGCCCUGUACGCACCAUACCAGAAACGAUUAGCGGAGAUAAUGGCCGAGUAUUCUGAUGCGAUUGCUCGUUCUCGCCGCCUGUCGAUAGCCCACGAGGCCUACCUCAUGGGCAAAGUACCAGCUCACAAUCAGAUCACUGAGGAAGAUCUGGCCAUCUACACACGCUGGCUGACGUGCCAUCUGCACUCGGUCAAGAAAAUACAUGCAUACCUCCGGGUUCUGGAGUGGCUUCCAGUGUCUCACAAACACGAGUCCCUGCCCCAUCCACAGCAGCAACAUGUUCAGGAUGCAGGACAAUUAGACCCAGAAGAGGAUGACCAGAACCUGAUGACGGCCCGGACAUCCCGGUCCCAGUCCGGGACCGUCCCCAUCAUACAGAGCCAGGGCCGCUGGUCCAUCUUUGACGGCCGCAUGUCGCUGACCGAGACCUCGGCUGCGCUGUCCAGCAUGGGUAGGCUGUCCCUCGCUGACCAGUUCCGACAGCCGUCCCCGCUUGUAGAGCAGUCGGAGUCGGACGGUGCCAGCGACACCGCCUCUGUCACCUCCUCAUCUGUUAACAUGGGCGGCACUAACACAGUACCUCAUACUGCACGGGCCAUUGCUGCUGCCUCGGCCGCAGGGGGUGGGCCAGCCUCCAACACCGACACGCUAGGCAUACCGUGUCAUGCCACAGACAUGGACCGCAUCAAACCAGUACUGGAGUUUCUCAUGUCCUGUUACGGCAUCCAUGCGAACCUAGAUAGAAUCAACGGUCCGUCAGAUGAAAUGGAGCUGCUAUCCCAUGUCAACCGGCGCUUCAAGACUGUAUUUGCCAGACAGGAGGAGCAGAAGACAUUUCCUACAUAUGACAAGCUGGAGAUGGGUAAUGAGUCUUGGGGAGCUGAUGUUUCCAACCACGCUCUGAUCAAGGAAUCCAACUGGCUGCCUUUCAUUAAACUCAAAGCUAAGAGAGACCCUAAACAGGAGAAAAUGCUGACCAAGCUGCGACACCUAGGCAAUGUGGAUGAGCUGCUCAGAGCACAGAGCCGGUUCUUCUCAGUCAGUGAUGUCAACAAAGUUCAAGAUGCUUUGAAGGAGCAUGCCGUUGCCGUCCGUGACCCGCCCCCUGUGCAGUCAGUAUCAGUGACCUCGCAUCGAACGACCCUGGACACCAAGAACGUGUGGAAACAGAUAUACACCAGCCCAGAUCUAUACAACAGCGCUGGCCCAUCUGACGACAUAGCCCUCACUGACUUUGAUGAGAAGGACGUGGACAACGUCAACCUGAGCUCAGGCUCUCGCUCCAACAGUGCCCUCGCCUCCUCCCGGCGACGCAAGAAGGAGGACACCGAUGAGUACGACUACGCCAGUGCCUUGCAGCUGCUGGGGCUUGAAGAGGACGAUAGUAGCCAGCAGGAUCCCACCGUUAUCCAGGGAGGCUAUCUGUCCUUCCUGCAGCUCAGACACCUCAAGAUCAAAGAUCUACAGAGGACUUGUUUGAGUAUUCUAAACUACUUCCGUUCAGUGGAGCGUACUCUAACCAUAAAUGAUGGUGGGUUGUCAUUGGAAGGAAAGCAGCAGAAACGCAACAGUAAGCAGAACCACAAGCAAGGCGUGAACGAUGGUGGCCUGGGAGGGGGUGGCGGGCUGGGUAGUCAUGGUUACCUGCACUACACUCCGGCUGAGUUCAAGUUGAGUGAGUCUGAAUUCAUGGAGUUCUCAGAAGUAGAGAACCACGAUGAUUUCUACUCCUUUGAUGAAGGCCGGGUGCAUGUGCAGGAUCAGCGAGGGUACUACAUCAUCUACAAAGCAGCAAUGGAAGAUUUCAAGCAAAUGGAGAAAGACCUGCUGUUGAUUGCCACUUGCUUCAUAGAGAAAGAUCGGGAGAACAGAAUUGGCAAGAUAGGGCUGGGUAAAUCUAGCUCACAGGGCCGCAGAAAACAGUCCCAGGCAGCCAGUGACGUGGACCUACCCAGCUAUGGCCAUCAGCAGGUGGAUCGGUUUGCCGUCCUGCUGGACCUGUGGUCUAACGAGACAGCCUUCCUGGAGAACAAGAGACAGUUACUGGAUGUUUAUUUAGAGGCCUACCAGCACGUCUUUGACAUGCAUGAGAAGCGCUCCCUUGCACAGGUCAUCACCAACAUUGCCUACCAGCGACCACGCUUUGACCUGAAGGCUGACUACUUUGUGCGCACCUAUCGAGCCGAGUGCCGCUGUUUGAGGCUGCACUGCGCUCUGAUCAAGUCAGUGCUGGAUCAACAGAUCAGUGACCAGCGGGAGUACAUCCAGAAAGUCUGCCGAGACGGUGAGCAGCAUCAGACCGGGAUGCCGUUCCGCAUCAUUCCAAAGCAGCCGGUAUCCAUCAACAUUAGCCGGUCAGCACUACAGUACGUGUAUCUCCUAGAAUUCCAUCCAAGCCUUGCGCUGGCAAGCCGAGUACCACAGGCUCUUACACAAGCAUACAAUGAACUGGUGCACGCCCAUCAGCCCCGUUCUGUCACAGAGAGCAUCUUGAUUGAGAAGAAGAUACUGGAGAUUGCGCAGAGAGAGUGGGAGCAUCUACAGCCCAUAGGAAGUGCCUUCUCCAAUCAGAUACAACGAGAUUUGUUUGCAGAUGUGUACGCCGAAGACCCCUCCUUUAUGUGUGAGAUCAGCCAAUCAAUGAUGGCCUCUCUUGAUGCUGCGGCAGGCAGGCGGACACCAAAAGAGAGGAAAGCUGAUUUGCUGAAGAUAUGGUCCAGACUUUUGGAGACAAUCACCUUGCGACACAGGCUAAUUGAAACUGCAAAUGAAACGGAAUUGCUGUCAAAGCUUUACAAGGAGCAGGCUGCCGAUAUGGGCUUUGACUUCUGCCAUCUGUUCUUGAGAUGUGUUCAGUUUGAGUUUGCCUCUCACAAGGAGAACGCUGAUCAGCCCCCGCCGCUCUUCAUUACAGCACUUCAUGAAGACGACACAAAUGUUGACAGAUAUGUACCUUCAAGUUUAUUCCUGGCUAUUCAUGAGCUGGAUGAGAAACAUGUUGGGCAGUUCAGCUUCCGUAGCAAAGACGGCUUUCUCAAGCUCAUGAAGGGAAGUGCUCUGGAGAACCUCCAGGCUGUCCUGAUGGCCCAGGUGGUUCAUAAGAAUGCCGUCUUGGCUGCCGUUCAGCAAGGCAGCGUCUGCUCUUACUUCAAGGAAGAGGUACCAGACAACGGCCCCCAGGCAAGUGGUAGGAAGUCUCCCCAGAAUGCGCGUAGUGAUCGUACCAGUUCCGUUCUGACCUCUCAGAACGCCACUCCCAUGGCCACCACCACAUCGGUCAUCUUCGCAGCCAAGCUCAAAUCCUCCAUGGAGAGUCACAAGAGAUCACCAGAGGCGUUUGUCUCCCUGCAGCUAGAAAAGACCCCAUCCAGGGACGUGAUGCUGAAUGCGUUCUUGUCCAAGAAAGCCAGCUUGGGCACCAUCAUGAAGAACCCAGAAGAAGUGGAGAAACUCAAACGGAAUCUGAUAGCGGAUUUCUGUCGGCGGUUCAUGCGGCGCAUGACCCAGUACUCCCUGCGCGGUCAGAUCAUUGCCUACCUGAACAGCAUUCUCUUCCUGCUGGACAACUUCCCCAGUGUCCGCAAUGGCAGCUUUGUGGUGGGCAUGCCCAACGAGAAGAAAACUGCUAUGGAUGACAAGAAGGGGCUAGUCACUAAUCCAAGGGAUCUCAAAAAGCGACCUAGGCGUCUCCUUUCGGCUGAUGGCUCCACACUUCUGAAUUUGUGGUUCCUCCCACACCACACGGAGGUCUUGCACAUGUUCAAGACCCUGGAUGAGGACACAUGCGCGAGGGCCCUCACUCAGUGCCUGCGGGUCAUCGCAUCGCUGCAUGACAUACUGCAAUACCUGUGUGCCCACUCCAAGCUGGGAAGCUCCAAUGCAAGGCUUGGGUCUGAUAAGCAAGAGUAUGUGACAGCAGACUGGGGUGGCACUGAAGGCAUAUCAGCAGAGCUCAGAGAAAUCCAGAAACAGAUCAACCACCUGGAUAAUCCCACUGAUCCGCAGGAGGUGGCUGAUUUUCUGUCACUGCGACGCGACGUCCUCUUCCUGGAGUACGAUGCCACCAUGAGACACUCCCUCCGCGAGACCUUCCUGUCCAUGGGCAACCGCUCGGCGUACCAGAACAGCUCUGACAGCAUCUUCUUUGCCCUGGCUGGACUGAGUAACAUCCAGAUGCCCAGUGUGUUCAGUGCCUACCUGCCGGUGCCGGAACCCCUACAGCCUAGAGACUGGAAGGCCAGUGAGCUUUUCCCAUGGAGGGCUCACCUCGGAAGGAGAGGACCAUUUCCGCUUCGUUUCUGGCAGUGGCAGCAGAUUGAGUUCAACAUGCAGCUCAGUAUGUCCGCACUCAGAGAUGUAGACAGGCAUGUUGCUCAUGGUGAGAUCCUAGGUGUUUCCUUGCUGAUGGAGGACGUCCUGCAAAGCGGACAGCAGGACAUCAGCAUGGUGCCUGAUGACAGCGAUGAUGAAGCAGACAACCCCAAGCCUGCCGCUGGUGGUCAGGGCAAGAGCCCUGCCCGCUCCCGACCCCGCAGCGCUGCCAGUGCCAAGUCAGGGAUGUCUCGGCCUGGGAGCGGGACGGCCAAGGAAUCCUCAGGGCAAGAAGUCAUUUUGAAGAAGUCCUUGUCCCGAACCACGGAGCCCAUCAAGGCGUACUCCUUACUGAAAGACUUCCUGUUACUAUGGAAACGGCUGGAAGUCUUCAAAGCAGAGUGGGGUCAACGCAAACUGGGUCAAGAAGAGAUCAAUGCACCAAUGCUGUAUAGAAAAUUCUGCAAAAUGUACAAGACGGACAUCCUGUACCCAGUCAUCAGAAUCAUUGCCAAGCGAUACGGAGAGGUGGACCAGUACGAGGGCAUGGUGUCGGACUCAGAGCCCAUCGUGGCCCCCAAGGGGGCCUCGGAGAUGGAGAUCCGGGCCAAACAGCUGGUCAAGCUACUGGACAGCCUGGAGAAUCACAUGAUCUAUGAGCUCAGGAGGAAAGUCGCCAGGGAACACUCGCUGGUGCUGGCAGAGAGGUCACGGGAGGAGGGGAAUCUACCCACAGAUCUCUGGAAGAAACCGGCAAUCAAUGAGCGCUUCACCUUCGCCAAGCCGCAGAUUGCCGAGGAUUUUGCCUGGUACCUGAUGGAAGUGGGCCAACGCCGCGACGAGGAAAAGACCCUAGUCUUGUCUUACGACCAGCUGAAUGUUGCCCUCGCCUCCCUAGCCACAACCAUCAUGACCAGGGAAAGAACCAACUAUGAGAACUACUCCAUGUUCUAUGAGAAUCUGCUCAGACAGCACCAUCAACUGCUGUACCAGAGAGAACAGGAAAUUGAGCAGCUGAAGAAGGCAUGUAAAGAUGCCACAGCAUCAGCGUUGGUGGAUGUGCAGUGCCAGCUGGCUGAUAGGAGCCAUGAGCUGAUACUCGAAAUCACGGCUCUCCGCGCCAAGAUAGCCGAGAUGCGCGAGUUGUCUUCAACUCAGGAGAGAGAUUUGAGAGAAAAGAUGAAGGAAGAAUAUGACACGUUGGUGCACAGUCUCUUUCAGGGAGCCUUUUCACUCAAGCACAAGUUUGACGAGUUUGGAUUGCGACUGUACGAUGAAGCGUUUGGCAUCGUCGGUGAGGUGCGACAAGAGGCCAUGGAAGCCAUGAGGAAAUUCACACCAAGAACGGCUGAAAAAGAUGAGUCGGGGAUAACACUUAACCAACGCCGCGCUGUGGAGCUGCAAACACUACGUCAUGAGAAGAACAACAUGAGUAGACUCCUACUCAAGAUGAGGGCACUCACCAACUGGAGGCUUACCAACAUGAGACAGCAUUACCAGGGAACGGCUGAUGCCUUGCAGCAUGAGGUGGACCGAUGUAAGAGGGAGUACCUGACCAUCAAGAUGACAGCCGAGGAGGAGGUCAUCCUCCUGAGACAACAGCUGACGGCGCUACGGAAGGCCCUAGCUACCUCCGAUAAAGAGCGGGAGACUGUACAGAAACAGCUGGGUAAAGAGAUGCGCAUCAAACAGGAGAAGCAGCAUAAGUUGGAGCAAGAAGCCCGGAGUGCCAGGCAGCUUGAGGCGGCCAGGAUCUCCAAUCUAGAGAGAAUGAUGGACGAGAUUGAUGACAAGGAACUACGCCUGCGCAUCCUGUCAGAGGAGUACGACCGCACCAUGCGCCUGUACCAGACCACCCAGGAGAAGGCCCGCAAGGAGGUCCACCAGAUCAAGAACCGGUUGGACCACGAGCGCAGCCUCAAACUCGACGCCUUCCAGCGAGUGGAUGACCUGCAGACGCAGGUUUACGACUAUGAGGUUGCGGUGUCAAGCAUGUCCAGGCCCUACACAGCAAUGAGUCUUUUUACACCACGUCAGCUGCCUCCAAUGAGAUCCAAGUCUAGAUCCACCACCGCGGACAAGCGACCCAAGAGUCACAGAGUGACAAGCAGUGUGAGCGCCAGUACAGGGGUGUGGCCUCCUAACACCAUCAUGCCGCCCAACUACCAGCAGAGGUCAGUCACCCCUGACCCCUGGCCCCCGGUGGCCAACAACGAGAGGUACGACCGAGUCACACAGAGACCCAAGACGGUCGGCACCAGGCUGCGCAAUCGCAUCGCUGACCAGCUACUGACUAAUCUGGAACCCAAUCACCAUGAGACCAUCAUGCACCUGCAGACUGAAGAGCAGCAACAUCAGAAGUACAAGCUGUGAUGACACAUUCUAACAUCUUCAUUACCAUAACUAGGACCACAGGAAUACAAUCUUAGAAUGAAUAAUCAUUCCCUUCCAGUAAUGAUUUCAAUAAAUCAAACGGCAGAUAUAUUUUUGUGUUACCUAAUCAACAUGAAAAUAGUCAUUAUUUAUGCCGCUUGGUCGAAGUAUCUUUAAAGCAAAUAUCUAUGAAAAUUUAAAUCCACCAGAUGGAAGACUUAAGUUUGUGACCACCAUGACAUACAUUUAUUUAUUGAUAGAAAUGAUGAGGAGUUGAUUAGGCCUAUAUAAUAGUAGAAAUCAUCCCGAACGAAUUUAACUUUAAAAUCUUAUAAGAUCUUCUUAGAAUCUUGAUUCUUAACAAUCUUAAGAGCGAGUAGGAAUUUGUAAUAUUCUUACAAAGUGAGUAAUAAUAUGGUAAGAUUCUUAUGGAUUGAUGAUUAUGUUUUUAAAACAAAUUGGCAAGCGAUUGAAUCUUUAAUAAACAGCUUUAAUAAGUGCAACACAUUGAUUUAUUAACUUCGAGCACCUUGUGUAAGUUUGAUAACAAUAAUGGUUGUGAAAAAUAAAUCGAUGUUUCUUGCAUAACAAAUAAGCCUUCAAAAAUAUGAGUAGGCUAAUACUAAGUGUGAAUAUUCAUGAGUCAUGAAUUUGUUUUGUACUUAAAAAUAUGACAGAGUUUUGAUCAAAGAAGAAUAUGUAAAUAUUUUGGUAUAAGAUGCAAUUUUGACUGUAGAUUCCAAGAUUGAAGUAUUCAUGAGAGGCUAUAAAGAAUGUAAGAUACUUUUAUAUAUUCAUAAACAAUACUACAAAGCAGUUUCUGCCAUACGCUGUAUUAAAACAUGCCUUUUAUUUUACUACACAAUGUACAUGUACUACACAAUGUACAUGUUAAUGCUUUUUAUCAUGCGUUUCGUUCAUGCCAAUUGAAAAACAAAUUUGAGCAAGAGCAAAUUAUGACUGAAAAUUAAUCAAAGUAGCAUAGUGUGUCUCUUUCACUCUUUCAGCACUAUUGAUUGUAAAAUGCACUUGUUUUCUUUUGUAACAAAAAGAACCGAUAUCCGUCCUAAAAUAAAAAAGUCAAUAACAUUGUAUUGAGUGAA